AUGUCCGACUCGGAAAACCAUGCAGAAUCGGAUGUUAGACGCUCGUCUCGCCGCUGUGGAGUCAGUCAAAAGAAGUCGAAGGAGCUGUCUGCAAUUGAGCAGCUGAAAUUGGCGCGAUCAACAGGAAAAGCCUAUCGCCCAGAGCUCGACGUGGAGGACGUCUACGACACGGUUGAUGAUGAUGAGUACGAGAAAAUCGUUGCAAAACGACAAAAGGACAAUUUUAUUGUCGAUGAUGAUGGAAUGGGCUACGUAGACAACGGUGUAGACUUUGAAGAUGACUACGAAGACGAUUAUGCGCCCAGUUCUUCGAAAAAUUCAAAUUCCUCGAAAAAAGGCGAGAAAAAGCCGAAAAAAGACAAGAAAAAGGGAGGACUUCAUGCAUUCCUCUCCACAACCUCCACCAAGAAGCCGAUCGACGAGUCUGUGGUGAAAGCCGAGUUUGACGACGAUGAGGAGGUGAAAAAUAUGCUGGAGCAGCUGGGAAGCAGCGAUGAGGAGGCCGAGGAGAAGCCGAAGGCGACCCCAGCGAAUCCGUUCAAGCGGGGACGAAAAUUCGACUCACCGAGCGGCUCGGAUUCACUGGCUCCACGGCCGAUUGCUAAGAAGGCCAAGAGAGAGGCGACCGGGCUCGCCGAGCACAAAUUCCAGCGGCAUGUGAAGGUUGAUGAGGAUGAGGAUUAUGGGAUUCCAGAUGAUUAUCCAGUGGCUUCUCCGGUGACUUCUCCAGUGAAAACGGAGAAAAUGGCAGAAGUCGAAGCUCCAACAGCUCCAGCGAUCCAGAAAAUCGAAGAAACAGUGAAAAUGGAGACCGAGCAUCUGGAAGAAGUCGAGGAUAGUCUGGCGAAGUUCCGUGUCAUUGAAGACUGGACAGGCGGGAGCAGCAGUCAGGAGGACGAAGAUGUGAAGGUCGAGGUGAAAACCGGAUCCGAAGCCUUCUACACGAUGGGCGGCGAGGACAACACCACCAAAGCGAUCCGUAUGUACUGGAUCGAUGCCUACGAGGAUGUUCACAAGGCCAACGGCACCGUCUAUCUCUUCGGAAAGGUCAAAACCAGCGGUAACGCCUGGGAGACCUGCUCAAUCGUUGUGAAGAACAUCUGCAGGAAGGUCUACUUUAUGCCUCGCACCAAGAAUCUCAGCACCGGAGAGGAGUCGAGCCUUGCCGAGCUUCACAAGGAGAUCGGAGAUGUUCUGCGGAACAAGUUCAACACACACGAGUUCAAGUGUAAGAUGGUGGAGAAGGAGCUGAUCCGUGACGAGAGCUUCGGCUACGGAUGCGGCACGAAGAGCCCGUUGAUGGAAGUGCUCUAUCCGGCGGAGAAGGGGAAGCUUCCCAGUGAUCUUAAGGGUGACACAUUCUCCAACACCUUCAACACAUCAGUCACUCCGUUGGAACGGUUGCUUAUUGAAAAGAAAUUUAUGGGUCCUGGAUGGAUUGAGCUGUAUAACUAUUCGGAUCCCAAAGCGAAGACCUCGAAUUGCAAGUAUGAGUUUGAGGUUGAUAUGGAGAAGAUGCGGAAUAUCAAGUAUCUGGAAUCCUCUGACGCACCACCGCCGACGAUCAAGCUUCUCGCCCUGAACGUUGUCACAACGCUCAACGAUCGGAAGGACAAUGAGAUUUGCAUGAUUUCGAUGCUUUUCAAUCCGAAAUGCGACUUGGCUCAUCCGAGUGGUGAUAGUAAGGAUUUGAAGCCGAAAUGCCUCGUCACAAAGCCUCCCGGUGGAUCUCUCCCCUAUGACAUCCAAAAGCGCUUGGAAACUGAGAAACUCUCGAAAUUCGUGAAAAGUGUUGCUAAUGAGAAGGCACUGCUCACCCUGUUCCUGGCGAUGAUCAAUGAAGAUGAACCUGAUAUGAUUGUGGGACACGACUUGUCGGCGACAAUUGCCUUGUUGGUUUCAAGACUUGAAAAGCUCAAGCUGCCGAAUUGGUCUAGAAUUUCUCGUUUAAAACGGUCAAUUAAUAUUGGAAAAAUCGGACAUUCAAAAUCAGGCCAAUGGGAGCUCACAGCGGGGAGAAUGAUGUUGGACUCGAAGCUUGCCGCGAUGGAACUUGUUAAAUCUCGAAGCUUUGAUCUCACAGAGCUCUCUCAACAGAUCCUUGGAGCCGAGCGCCGUGAGAUUUACGCCAAUGAGAUUCCGCAGUUGUACGUGGAUUCCAAAGAUCUGAUCAGUCUGAUCAAUUGGUCUUGGAACGAUCUUCUACUAUCACUUCGGAUCGUUGUUCGGCUUAACGCUCUGCCACUCUACAUUCAAAUCUCGCAGAUUGUCGGUGGAAUCGCUUCGAGAACGAUGAUGGGAGGACGUGCCGAGAGGAAUGAGUAUCUGUUGCUUCACGCGUUCGAAAAAGCGGAUCUCAUCGCACCGGAUAAGUAUAAUAGCUCGGAGAGCAAGAAAAAGAAGGAGGAGAGCCAAGAAGGAGACGAGAAGAAGAGUGGAAAAGCACAAUAUUCGGGUGGUCUGGUGUUGGAGCCGAAGAAGGGACUCUAUGAGACAUUGAUCUUGCUGCUCGAUUUUAAUUCAUUGUAUCCAAGCAUUAUUCAAGAGUAUAAUAUUUGUUAUACGACGUUGGAGUACUCGAAGGACAGCGACGAGCAGCUCUCAGUACCACAGAGCACAGAUAUCGAAGGAGUUCUACCACGUGAAAUUCGAAAGCUUGUAGAAUGCCGUCGAGACGUGAAAUCUCUUAUGAAAAGCGAACGAAAUGAGGCAAAAAAGAAGCAAAUGGAUAUUCGUCAAAUGGCUUUAAAACUCACUGCCAACUCAAUGUACGGAUGUCUUGGAUUUCAGUAUUCAAGGUUUUACGCGAAGCCUCUAGCGGCACUGGUAACUGCAAAAGGACGAGAAAUUCUGAUGCAUUCAAAGGAUCUUGUAGAGAAAAUGGGUUAUUCUGUAGUCUAUGGAGAUACGGAUUCAAUUAUGAUUAAUACGAAUUCAGUGGAUUUGGUGGCGGCAAAGAAGCUUGGAAAUGAGAUUAAAAAGGCUGUUAACAAGUGUCAUCGGCUCUUGGAGCUUGAUCUUGAUGGAGUUUUUAAGCGAAUGUUGCUCUUGAAAAAGAAGAAGUACGCCGCGUUGACGAUUAAUCCGGAUACGAAGGUUGAGGCGAAAGAAUUGAAAGGAUUGGAUAUUGUUAGAAGAGAUUGGUCACAGUUGGCUAAGGAGACUGGAACAGCCGUCGUCGACAAGAUCCUUGACGCUUCACUGACCCGCGACGAGAUGGUCUCAUCGAUCGAUGAUCUACUGCGUGAAAUUCGUGCAAAACUGGAUUCUGGCACGGUUCCACUGGAAAUGUUCCAAAUUAGCAAGCAGCUAACUCGAAAUCCUGAACAAUAUGCCGAUGUGAAGGCUCAAUGCCAUGCGGCAGUUGCUCAGCGGCUUAAUAAAAGUGGAAAAUUCAAUUUGAGGCAUAAUGAUAUUGUGGAAUAUGUCAUUUGUGAAGAUGGAACUGAUAAUCCGGCAACACAACGAGCCUAUCAUCGGACUGAAAUGGCUGAGAAUUCGGCACUUAAAAUUGAUCUCCUCUACUAUCUGGCUCAACAAAUUCAUCCAGUCGUAUCGCGGCUCGUCGAGCCCAUCGAGGAAACCGACGCAGUCCGAAUUGCCGAAAAUCUCGGUCUGGAUUCGACCAAUUAUCGACGAGCUGCGGCGGCUCAAGCUUCACAGCGAGCAGCAGAAGAAGAUUGCGCGUGGCACCAAGAGAAUUAUGAUUUGUGCGAAGGAAUUCAUGUGAUUUGUCCACUCGAUGGGUGCGGUCAUUCAAAUGUGAUUCGAGAGACAUUUGAUUGUGUGACUGAUGCCUCGUCUCCCCGCCUUCUAUUCUCCGGAUGUGCUCAAUGUCAAGGAUCAUGGGAUCUUCAGGAGCAUCAAGCAGUGAUUGGGAAUCAAGUUGACCGACAAAUGUCGGAAUUCGUCGCCAGACAUCAUCUCGCAGCGUUUAAAUGCGAUGAGCCAACGUGUGAAUUCAAAACUCGCGUACAAACGAUGAAAUGGUGUCGAGAAGGACUCGAAUGUAUUCGAUGCUCAACUGGUGUGCUCCGUCGUGAAUACACUUCAAAACAGCUUUUCGAUCAGCAAAUGUUCUUUCGAACAAUUCUCGAUGUCGACGCGGCUGUACGAAAGUUGAGCGACGCCCAGAAAAAAGCCGCCAAAGUCCGUGUCGAAUAUAAUGGGUGCAAAAUCGAUUCAAUGAUGUUGGCUGAUCGAAUCAAUGAGAAAUAUUUGGAGAAAAAUGCCUAUAAUCGAGUGGAUCUUUCAUAUAUUUUUGCGCCAAUGAUGAAAAUUCAAUGAAUUUAUUUUCUUUUUUUUUUGAAAAUUUCCCCCCAGUUUUGCGAUUUUCCCGUCUUUUUUAUGUCGAAAUUUCUAAUUUCCUAAUUUUUUUCACAAGUCAUUUCCUCCUCCUCCAUUUUUCCAUUUUCUCCUAAUUUUCAGUGAAAAAUUCUUUAUUUUUCCCCAAAAAAAUAUUCCCGAAAAUACUCAAAUCAUAUCUGAUAAACAAUCGAAUCCUGUGUUAAUUCUCCCUUUUUUCACUGAAUUUUUGGAGUUUUUCCAUCUCUGAAAAAAUUAUUUCAAUUUAUUAUAGUAUUUGUGUCGACUUACGGGGAGAAUUUGAACAUUUUCGCUAUUUUCAAAU